AGAGUCUGAGUCAAUCCCACAGUUGAUUCAGUCAGCCACUCUCUCUCUCCAAUUCCCACAUAUUCGAGGAGAGAGGAGAGAGGAGAGAGAAUGGUAUGGGGUUGAAGGAGGGAUGAAAUCUACAUGGGCUUCUCUCCUUGUAUAUCUCUUCUAUUUUCCCUCUUCUUUUACCAUUUUUUUUAAUUUUAUUUUUUAAUUUUCGGACCCAAAAGUAAUUUUCAAUAUAUUUUUUGGGCUAUUUCUAAAUGAUUGGACUGUGUACUUCCUCUGUCACAGAUUAUGGUUAGGGGGCUUGGGAUUGUGAGAAACGGUGGUUGAGGGUUCAAGGUAUAGGGUUUAUGGGAUUCUUUUUCAGGUUUAUGAUUGGGUUUUUUUUUUAUUGAAAAAUUUCUUUGGAGGGUUUUGUCGGAUUGUCUUGAUUGUUUGUGGAUAUUUGGAUGUCUUUGGGAUGAUAUCAACUGGCUGUGCUAAUGGUUCUGAGAAGUGGUUGAUAAUCUCAGGAAAAUGGCCGGUGAUCAAGAAGGUUCUCCAUUGGGUGAGGAAGAAGUUGGAAGUGGAGGAAAAUCAGGCGGAGGGGGAGGGGGUCCUCUGAAGAAAGGACCAUGGACCUCAGCAGAGGAUGCAGUUUUGAUAGAUUAUGUCACCAAGCAUGGAGAGGGGAAUUGGAAUGCAGUGAUGAAGCACUCUGGACUCUCCAGAUGUGGGAAAAGCUGCCGCCUCCGCUGGGCAAAUCAUCUGAGGCCGGAUUUGAAGAAGGGUGCUUUCACUCCCGAGGAGGAGCACCGCAUAAUCGAACUCCAUGCCAGAAUGGGAAACAAAUGGGCACGGAUGGCUGCUGAGUUGCCUGGGCGUACAGAUAAUGAAAUAAAAAAUUACUGGAAUACCCGGAUCAAGAGACUGCAGCGUGCUGGCUUACCGAUUUACCCUCCGGAUGUUAGUAUGAAAGCGCUGAAUGGGAGUCAGCAAAGCCAAAGCAUGGGUUCAUUAACCACUGGUGAGGCAAGCCCAUCUGAUCUGUUGCAGGGAAACAGUUUUGAGAUUCCUGCUGUGCAAUUCAAAAAUUUGCAAAAUCCAGGGAUCUAUCCUUAUCCACCGACAUAUUUUGAUAUUCUUCCGAGUGGGUCGCUAACGCAAAAUCUUGGUUCAUCUGAUGGUCAGAACUUUAUGUUUCCAGCAAUGCAUCCCCCCAAACGCUUUCGAGAAUCAGAGACCUUUUUCUCUGGAUUGAAUGAUGAUUUCAGCAAUGCUUUCCCAGCAUUAGAUCUGUAUGAUGAUACAUGUGACAACAAUCCUUAUUAUCUGUAUGAUGAUACAUGUGAGAAGAAUCCUCAGCCAUUUGAGUGGUCUUCUUCAUAUGAUCCUGAUCUAAGCACUAACCUGACAUCCUUAGGUGGACUUCCUGGCAGCCAUGCCCUUUCAAAUGGCAAUUUCUCUUCCGAGCCCAUCUCUGGGGCUAUGAAGGUGGAGCUCCCUUCUCUCCAAUAUUCAGAGGCUCAAGUUGGCAACUGGGGCUCACUUUUCCCAAUGCCUUCAAUUGAGUCUGUUGAUACUCUGAUUCAGUCCCCUCAAACUGAGCAAAUUCAGGUAGAUUGUCUUUCACCAUCCAAAAGUGGCCUAUUGGAAGCAGUAGUUUAUGAAUCGCGGAAUCUGAAAAGGAAGUAUGAUUCAUGCCACCAGGCUUCAAAUACUGCUAUUGAGUGCAAUGAUGUAGUGGGCAAUUUGCCUCUUAAUCCCUAUGAAGCAGAAUGGAAUGUAUAUGUUGACCCAACAUCUCCUUUAGGUAAUUCUGCUGCAUCUGUAUUUAAUGUGCAUACUCCUAUCAGCGGAAGCUCGCCAGAUGAGCCCCAGUCGAUUGAGACCUUGCUAGGGUGCAAAGUUCAUCCAGAACCAGUUAAUCAGAUUGCUACUCACUAUGAUGGAAAGAAAGAAACCCCAAACCAGAUGGACUUAUCCAGGCCUGAUCGUUUGCUUGAUGCGGAUUGGUUUGGACCGGAUACUGAGCGUGGCAGGGAACAAGCUACCUGGAGAGAUGCUCUAAAUGCCCUUCUUGGUGAAGAUAUCAACAGCAACAAGAAGUAAAUGGGUGUUUAACUUGUUACAUCAAACCUGGAUGCAGCCUUGGGUCUUAAUGCAGCAGAGGAAACAUGCAGGCACAGCCAACUUGCUGAAAAUGGUAGUGGCUUUUAUUUUCUUUUCCUCCUAUUCAGGUUUACCAGAUUUUCUCUUGGGUCUUAGGCUGUAUUUCAGGGGGAAAACUUUCCUUGUAUUAGAACCAUGAAAAACAUGUUUACAUUGUGUUGUGUGGUUGUCUUUGGAAGUUGGGGUUUUGCUUUUGAAUAUUAGAAUUCGAUGUUGUCAAACUAUUUUGUGAACUUGUUAUGGUUAUAAUCACCCAUCUUCUGUUUCCA